AUGGCACCUGGUGGAAACUCUUGUCUCUCUGUCAUGACACCGCUGCUGUGGCGCCGUCUGACACCACAUUCUCGUCACCACCACCGCAGGGCCGCUUACCUCUUCGGCUGCAGGAGACAUAUCGCUAGCCUUACGGCGUGGCCAUCUGCGUUGUAUUCCACGCAUCGUCUCGUGAGCUCCGCUCCACUUGAGACCCAUGUUCCCACGUUUGAGAAUAGCGGCAUCCAUCCUAGCGUUGAUGAUGAUCCCGUUGCGUCUUUUUUGCCGCGUUUUUGUGUAACACCGUUGGUGCAGCUGGCCAAGCAGCUCCCAGACGAGGUGAUCGAGACGCUAGAAAAUGGGCUCAAGAACCACUUGGAGCGUUUUCCAGAGCGUUAUCGACUCUUCCGCGGUUCAAAUGGAUUACUGCAUGUCCAGCGUGUUGAGAGAAUUCCUGACGCACACGAAGCGACAGAGAAGGUGGUCACUGCAUUUCAGCAGCAGCAAAACCACAACAUUACUGACACUCCAAGUGCCGAGCGGCGCCGCUUCUUCAGACUGGAGGCUGUCAUGAAUUCCAACAUGUUGGCAAAUUCUUUGAACGGUUGGAGCGAUACGGAUGGGAAUGUGGUAGAGGAUGAGCAUGAGCAUGAGCUGAUUGGCAGGAUGGAGGGCUUCAUUCGUGACUUUGUGAUCUCUAAAAAAGGCGUGGAAUUGUGGCUGCUUACCGAGGAAUACACAUUGAGUAAGCCAUCAUCAGCACCUUGUGUUAAUGGCGAGGAGUUUUCGGACGCAGAACAAGUAACGGAGUUGAUAAAAGCAAAAACGACACUUAAGACAUUUCGUUGGGCACGUCUGGCAGAUGCAGAAACGAUAAGCGAGACUCUGGAUAUGUUGCGUGAAAAAGCUCGCGGUGCGGCGCUGAGCGAGCAUACAUCAUCUGAUGAGGGAUCUCAUUAUAGUGGUUCUACGAGAAGCACUCUCUAUACCUGCCUGGAUCCCUCGGUAACAGUCACGCUGAAGCGACCAGUGGAGAAGCUGGUGGAUAAAGGUGACGGCAUCGAGGACUACAAUGUAUACCGCAUGUGCCGCGCAUUGAGUACGAAGGCGUUCAUGAAACUUCCGGAGUUGCAGAGUAUCGUGGGUGAGUGGUUAACGCAAUCGCUAGCCGCUGUCCUGGCGGUUGCCGGGGAAGAAACCAAGACACCAGCAGACAAUGCGGGUUUUGAUGUGGAGCGGUCUAUUUUAGACUUUGAGUAUGAUCCCAAUGACGCUACUCGUGUUGUGGGAGUGCGCUUCUGGCUCGACGAGAGUCGCUACCUCCCAUCCCUAUAUAGUGAAAAGGCGUCUGCAGAACUGCAGCAGGAUCUUUCCGAGUUUAAAUCUACUUUCCCAAAAAAACUGGAAAAGCUUAGCAACCACAAACGGGUGGGCCUUAUCGAGAGGAGGCGUCUGCUCCAGCGGUGCAUCGCUCUGCAUGAAUUGGGUACUACACCAAUGUGUCACCCCGACGUCCUUGCAUAUUACGUAUUUGAUCUGCUCCCACAGAAUGGACAGCUUGUCCUUGCGGGGCAUUUGCCGAUAUUGCUCCCUGAUGAAAUCCGACGCACAACCGACGCGCGUUCUCGUGCGUGGCUUAAGAAGUACCCGCAUCUGUUUCGCCUUGUGGAGAAGCCCCCUGAAAUGUUUGUGCAACGAAUGGAUGUCCCCAUUGACGAUGGCGUGGGAAAUCAGGAAGAGCAACAGAAGGACGCUGUGGCAGGACCCUACAAAGAUCACUGUGAUUACGAGAAACAGCUUCUAAACGAUCCUGAUGAGCAGUUGCGUUUUAUAAUCUCACUUGUUGCAGCACGCCUGGAGGUGUGUCAAACAAAGAAGCGUGACUUGCUCCCAUCGCACCUCCCCAAGUUCCUCAGCUCCAAACUCAGGCGG